AUGGGGGACUCAGGAUCCAGACGAUCAACUCUAGUAUCUCGGUUGCCAAUAUUCAGGAGAAGUAUUAGCCGGAGACACGACUCCCUUCCUUCUUCACCUUCUUCUGCUAAUGCCAUUGGUGUCCACGCCUCUUCCCCAUCCAGCACGAACUCCAGCUCAGGGAGCACAGGCAAGCGCCGGAGUAUUUUCCGCACUCCUUCCAUUAGCUUCCAUAACAAGAAGGGGAGUGAGCAGAAGCCUGAUGUGGCUACUCAAAAUGUUGCUGUCUCAAACGGUGCCCAGUCCUCUCUUGACGCAUUCCAAAAACUGAGCUUAGAGGAACACAUUAAAAGCAAAGGAAGGCAUUCAGUUGGCUUUGGCAGCUCACGUAGCAAGAAGAUAACAAGGUCUUUGACAGAUGAUUUUGAAAAGGGAAAGGAGCCCUCAGCUAAUAAGAAUGUCUUUAUAAAUUGUAUAAGUUCUGGUAAUAAUGAGGGUGAUGAUUCAGGCUUUGCAGAGGAGCAGUGCCGAUACUCUGUCAAACAAUCCACGCGAAAGCUUCUCACUAAAUCUUUCUCAUCACACUACAGAUUUUCCAAACCAGUUCCAGAGAGUCAGUCAGUUUCAUCUGUGCAGCAAUCCACGUGUGUGCUGGAAGUUAAAUCAUAUGUGGAAAGUGAACCGGUGAUUGCCAAGUCCUCUCCUCCAUGUUCGGCCGAGGUGACAGAGUGCAUGGGAAGCUCCUUGCAGUCCCCACUGCUCUCAGCUGACCUCACAGCUGCCCAGACCCCCUCUGACUUUGUCGCCCUGACAGAGGAUUCUGUUUCGGAGGUUGAUGCUCUGCCCAGCAGUGGGACUGCAGCACCGCUUGCAGAGGAUUUUGGCCACAAUGUCUCUACCUCUCAGAUCUUCUUUAACCCUGUUGCUGCUCCUGCGAGGGAAAUGGAUAUUGUGGAAAGUACUGGCCAUUCUGUUGGUGUAUCUCCUGUGAGUCGUGCAAGCUCCUGCAGUGUUGAAUCUAAUAACUUAUUCAAAACCUCAAGUGCUAAUCAAACAGAAGCAUUGUUGCAGUCCAAUGAACUACAUAUUAACAAUGACAGGCACAUAAGAGAAAUUAACUCUGCAAAUGCACAUUUAGAAACUUUUGUAUUACAGCAUAGAGGAGAACCAGUGUUACUCUCUCCAAAGGCACAGGGGUUGAGUGGGGACAGAGAUGAAAGCACACCGUCCAAGCACACAAGAGAGACAAUUCCUCUAAUGGAGUCUAAGAUUGUUCCAUGUUCUGAACCUCGCUCCUUGAAAACACAACAGGGUUAUGAAACAAAACAUUCUAAAGUUGAUCUUGCCAAUAGCUUCAGUCCAUACAGAGAAAGCAGAUUUGUUGAGAAACGACUGAGAUCAUCUUCAGAAGGUACUGCUGGAGGCAGUCGGCUGAUCAUAAAACCAAAGGAUGGAAAUACAGAAGAGCUUAACAGCCUACAGAAGCAGAGAGCAAACUCAUCCUCUUCAAAAAUGAACAGCAUGGAUGUUUUGAAUAACUUGGGUUCCUGUGAAUUGGAUGAAGAUGACCUGAUGCUUGAUCUGGAGUUCCUAGAAGAGCAACAUCACCAUCGUUCGGUUUGCCGGGAAGACUCAUACCAGUCAAUAGUCUCAUGUGCUGCUGUAGUACUUACUCCUGUAGAACCGACAGUGGAUACAAGGAAAAAAGAACAGACAAUAAUGCCUGAUGUGUCUAAACAGUGA